AUGUCGAGUGUUCGUGAGUUUCCCCCUCUCCCAUCUCUCGUCUUCUGUACACUUCAGCUCUUUUCAGCCACUCCCACAGAAGGUUCUUCAACGCCAUGGGUCAAAAUUAUGAUUUUCAUCGCUGUUGGUGUCUUAAUUGUUGCCGCAAUCGUUUUCAUCGUGAUCCGAUUCUGCAUGAAAGUAGGCUGAGCUGGUUGCUCUGUGAACCAGCAAACAUGUUUCAGAAAUCAGAUGAUGAGGACGACGACGACGAGCCGAGCAAGAAGAAAAAGAAGAGAAAGUCGAGCACGUCGGACAGCAAGUCGAAGAGCAAGAAGACCGCUCCGGCCAAGAAAGCGACGAAGAAGGCGCCGAAAGGGGUCGCACAGGUGCCGCUCCAGGUGAAGUCCACGGAUGAAACGGUUCCAUCGCCGACUUCUUCCGUUGUUCCGACGACUGCCGGAUCACAAGAGACAACGGGGGCGGAGGUGAUGCCACUGGCUGGAAGUGUACAAGAUGAGGCUCCGAGAGAUCAGAGGUCCAUGGAAACAACGGAGCAGAAAGAGCAAGUGACUGUGCUGUGCACUUACGGAAACGGAUGGAAAGCCAAGACGAAGGUAGGGAAUAGACGAAAAGUGUCUGUUAGUUAUUCGAAAUGAAAUUGCAGCCCCCCAAAGACUUUUCGUUCUCGAUCGAAUCCGAGUGA